AUGGAAACAUAUUCAAUAUGCAUUUCUGGCGAUCCAGGAGUAGGGAAAACGACAUUAAUCAGCGAGUUUACACAGGAUUCAUGCAAGUAUUCAUCGCCAAUUAACAUUUUUGUGUCAGUUUACCAAAAUAAAACCAUUGAGUGAUGGGAUUUUUCAGGGAAUGAAUGUCAUAAAAAUUUGAGGCUGAUGUUUUAUAAAUAUUUUGAUGGCUAUAUUUUUGUGCAUGAUUUAAGCAACUCUAAGACGUACAGAAAUUUAAAAAAGUGGAGAAAAGAAUUAAGACCAUGACUGAAUGAUAAUUUUGGACUAUUAAAAGAUGAGAGUUUUCCAGUUUUGGUGGUAGGAAAUAAGUGCGAUUUGGGUAGAGAGGAAAUUGAGGAAAGGAAAAUUGAUUACACAAUUGCAUCAGCAACAGAGAGACAAUGAGAAAAUAAGGAAUGAGAAAGAUUUUUAGAUAAAGUCAUUGGAAAUAACUGCAAAGGUAAAGUCGAGAGAGCUAAUAGACAGUUAGAAGAGAAUAAUGAUGAGCUAGUAACUGAGGAAACUAUUAUGGAUAGGAUUCGUAAUUGGUUCAAACCUGAAGAGCUUCCAAUAACAGAAAAGAAAAGUAAUUUCUAA